GGCAUCGCAUGGGACCCCGAGGAACCGUGAUGGCUGGAAUGCUGGAGAGUAAAGCUUACGGGGAGAAGGAGAUAUUCUUCUCCAAUAACUUGGAUAAGAUCGACGUGUCGGAUUUCCAAGUCCCCUGGCUGUACCGUGAAGAGAUCACGCUUGAGAAACCCGCCAAAGGACAGCACGUCUUCCUCGUCACUCACGGCAUCACUUCGAAGGCCGAUAUAUACCUCAAUGGAGAGCAAGUGGUUGCUAGUAAGUUGCAUCAAGGCUCAUACGGUGGCCAUCGCUACGACAUUACGGGUCUCAUCAAGUCUGGACCGAACGCAUUCCUGGUGCAAGCGUAUCCUACCAGCUAUGUUCGCGACUUUGCACAGAGCUUCGAGGACUGGAAUCCGUAUCCCCCCGACAAUGGGACGGGGGUCUGGCGAAGCAUGGAAGUGCAGCACACCGGUACCAUAUCUAUGUCUCCCGUGCGCGUCACAACCGACUUCAUUAAGCUGGGCACUGAGGAGGUCACUGUUGAUGUGAUCGCCGACCUUACGAAUCACGCAGACACCCCCACUCAUGGAGUCAUGCAGGGCACAAUCCAAUCUGACGAUGGAUCGCAAAUUGUCCCUCUGUCCCAUGAUGUUGAGCUGGACAGCAGGGGGAAAACCACGAUCAAAAUCACUGUGCCCCUAAACAACCCACGAGUAUGGUGGCCUGCCACAUGGGGCAGCCAGCCUCUGUACACCGUUCAUCUGAACGUCUCCCUGGCGGAUGGCGAGAUUUCGGACAAGGCAGAGCCUACUAACUUCGGCAUUCGUCACGUCGCAUCUAAUCUCAACAAACAUGACGACACGUCGUUCACCGUAAAUGGUUACAAGUUUCAUGUUCGGGGAGCGGGAUAUACGCCCGACAUGUUCUUGCGAUUCGAUCUCGAGCGUGUGCGAACGAUCUUCCAAUACAUGCUGGAUAUGGGACUCAAUACGGUGCGCCUGGAGGGCAAACAGGAGCACCCCGAGCUGUACGACCUGGCUGACAACAUGGGACUCAUGGUAAUGGCUGGGUGGGAGUGCUGCACUAAAUGGGAGGGAUGGAAGCACAAUGACGAGGGGUCGGGCGACCUGUGGAUUGACAAAGACUACGCAAUCGCACAGGACGCUAUGGAGCACGAGGCCCAGAUGAUGCAGGCCCACGCCUCGAUGUUAUGUUUCCUCGUCGCAUCAGACUUCUGGCCCGAUGAUCGCGCGACCGCCAUGUUCGUGGACGUCCUGGAUGGCAUGAACUGGCCCAACCCAAUCAUCGCAUCGGCCAGCAAACGGGGCUUCCCCAAACAACUUGGUCCGUCGGGGAUGAAAAUGGAGGGGCCUUACGACUGGGUACCUCCGAACUACUGGUACGAGGACCAGCUUGGCGCGGCGUUCGGGUUUGGCUCCGAGUUGGGGUCAGGCGUCGGCACACCCGAGCUCGGCAGUCUCAAGGAAUUCCUGUCGGAGGCCGACCUGGAGGACCUGUGGAAGGAGCCUCACAAAGACCUGUACCACAUGUCGAAGGAGAGGUCGAAGUUCGCCAACCGGGCGAUCUACAACGACGCGCUGUACGCGCGGUACGGGGCCCCAACCAGCCUCGAAGACUACCUCCUCAAGGCGCAGAUAAUGGACUACGAAGCGACGCGCUCGCAGUUUGAAGCCUACGCCGCGAGGCAGGGCGCCAAGAAACCAGCCACGGGGCUCAUCUACUGGAUGUUGAACGGCGCGUGGCCAAGCCUGCACUGGCAGCUCUUCGACUACUACCUGCGGCCGGCGGGGUCGUAUUUCGGGGCGAAGAUGGGCGGCCGCACGGAACACGUAGCGUAUGACUACAAGGAACGGACGGUGCACAUCAUCAAUCACAGCGUGGACAAGCAAGGACCGCGCACAGUCACAAUCGACCUCGUCAAUACGAAGGGGAAAACCAUCGUGUCGAAGAACGCCACCGCAGACACGGCCCCUCUCUCCUCGAAGCAAGUAACGAAAAUUCCAGAAAUAGAAGAACUCAAAGACGUGGGGUUCCUCAGGCUCGUCCUGAAGGACACCACUACGGACACCAAUCUCAGCAGAAACGUAUACUGGGUGACAGCCGACAACGACGUUCUCGACUGGGACAAUUCCACCUACUACGUGACGCCCGUCACAAAAUACAUCAACAUGCAAGCGCUGAGCAAGCUCCCCCGCGCGGAAGUGACGGCAAAAGCGGCUCCGCUGCCGGGUGAGCAUAGGGACAAGUCGACAAAGGUGCAGGUCACUCUGGAGAACAAGGCGGAUACGCCCGCGUUCUUCCUCCGGCUGACGGCAGUGGACCCCGAGUCGCACCAGGAGAUCGCGCCUGUAUACUGGUCGGAUAAUUACGUCACGCUGCUACCUCGUGAGAGAUACACUGUGACAGUGGAGUUUAUUAGUGACCAGUGGGAGGUGGAGCUGUCUGGGGGGAACAUGGAUAAGAAUGUUAUUGGGCAUAGUUGA